CCGUUGUUGCACGUCUUUGGCCAGCAGCCCCUGGACACGGAGCGUUGCGCGGGGGCCUUCCGGGAGCUCUACCCUGACCCCCAGAGCCACGUGGUGGUGCUGAGUGACGUGGUCUACGCCCACGCGCUAGCGCUGGGCGUGGCUGGCUACCUCUCCGUGCUGGAGCGCCUGCGGGACGUCCUGCACCGGGCGGGCAAGCGCAGCUACACCCUGGCCAUGGGCAAGCUCAGCCCGGCCAAGCUGGCCAACUUCCUGGAGGUGGACGUCUUCGUGCUGGUGGCCUGUCCCCAGAACUCCCUGCUGGACUCCCGGGACUUCUACCGGCCCGUGGUGACGCCCUACGAGCUGGAGCUGGCCUGCAGCCCGGCCCGCGAGUGGAGCAGCUGCUACGUCACAGACUUCAGGGACCUGCUGCCAGGUGGCUGCGCCCACGUCGGCUUCCCCGCCGCGCUCUUGCUUCCAGCAUCCUUCCUGGAGUCUCGCAGCUGGCGGGGCUUGGAGCAGCAGCUGGGCCAGACGCCGGUGGCCAAGGCCGUGCCGGGGCGCAGGGGGG